CUGCAAGUAAGCAAUCUCAUUCUUCAUCUGGCAUAAGUCCCUCCGGUGCUCAGAAGGCUUUAGAAUGCAGGGAUCAAAGAUGUGUACCAAGCUGGCAGUGGCAGCAAUGUUACUCCUCUUUUCCCACCUUAGUGCAGCGGAACAAUGUGGACAACAAGCAGGAAAUGCAUUGUGUCCUAACAACCUUUGCUGCAGUCAGUGGGGCUGGUGUGGAUCUACAUCAGACUACUGUGGAGCCAACUGCCAAAGUGGACCAUGCUAUGGUGGCGGCUCUCCAAACACUCCCAGCACUCCCAGCCCUCCCACUGGCACGCUGACCGGGGAAGUUUCAUACUAUACAGCUCCUUUUGUUCCUUCCGCUUGUUUUGGAAGCGAUCCAGGUCAAUUUCCUUCCAAUAAUUUCUUCGCUGCGGGAGGCGACGGAGCACCCAAUAUCUGGAAGAAUGGUGAAAAUUGUGGUAAAUGGUUCAAGAUCCAAUGUACAGGCAGUGGCUGCACCAGCUCAGCUACCAUCUCUGUCAAGAUAGUGGAUCGGUGCCCUAAUGGAUGUGUAGGUGGGCGCGCAUUUGAUUUGUCCAACACAGCGUUUAGUGCCAUAGCGAAUACAGACGCUGGACAUGUCAAUGUCCUCUAUUCCGGUCCCUAUGACAGCCCGUAGUAACAGAACGCCGUCAAAGUGGAACUUCCCUCGUGUAUCUGAACGUUUGAACAUCUUCUUCUUGAGUGGAAUCUGUAACGGAGAUUAGCAAUAUCUCCCUCAACUUCCUCCUUGGAUAAUAGGAAUUGUACUGUUUCGGUCCGU